CACAAAGGGAAAAUAACUGACUCAUACUGAGAGAGACAGAGAGACAGAGAGAGAGAGAGAGAGAAAGAUUGAAAUCAGCAAUUAAGGUUUGCGAGAUUUUCAGCCUUUCCUCAGCGUAAUGAUGUCAUCGUCUCCGGAGGUGGAGCUGGCGGAGAGCCUGACCCAUGAGGUAACUUGUCCCAUCUGCCUGGAGCUGUACCGCGACCCCGUAAGGCUGGAGUGUGAGCACAAUUUCUGCCGCAGCUGCAUCAGUAAGUACUGGCUGCAGGGCGGGGAGGAGGGCAGUGCCCCAGACGGGCAGAGCCAGGCCUUCACCUGCCCCCAGUGCCGCGAGAUCUUCCCCCAGCUCCAGCUCAGGACCAACCGGCUGCUCUGCAAUAUUGUGGAGCGCGUGCGCAAGCUCCGAGUGGACUCCUGGGGCACAGCUUCUGCCUCUCCACCAGAGGGCAGUGGCGCAGCGGAGAGGGGCGCUCCAGCGGGGUUCUGUGCGAAGCAUGGCGAGAGACUGAAGGUGUACUGCCAGGACGAGCAGAUGGCAAUCUGCGUGGUGUGCGCUGUGUCCAGAGAUCAUAAAGACCACAGCAUGGCACCCAUACAAGAAGCAUUGCAAGAGAGCAAGGAGAGGUUUGAGUCGGCACUGACUGAGUUUGAAGAACAGAAGGAAAAAAUCAGGAGUGUGCACUCGAAACAGGAGAGAGAGCUGACUGACCUGAAGGACUCCGCUGCCUCUCUUGAAAGAGGGAUCUGCUCCCAGGUGGAUGAGCUCCUGCAGUUCCUGGAGGCUGAGAAGAGGACGUUGUGCUCCCAACUGCAGGCUGACCUGCGCAGGCUGGAGCAGCAGAGAGAGGAGGCGCUCAGCACAGCUCGGCAGGAAGUGAGCCGCCUGCAGCAGGACGUGACCUCACUGCAGGGCAGGCUGGCGAGGGAGGGGCGGGAGGAGGAUGGGCAGGAAGUGGGCAACGCCCCAGUGCUAAUUAAGGAAAACACUUGUCUGUUUGACUCAGUUUCUUGUCUUUGUCUGUUUUUCCUACAGGAUCUGAAGGAACUGACAGAAAGGCUGAAGCAGGGAGUGCGGGAGCCCGAGGUUGCCUCAGAGCAACUGCACCGUGGGCUGUACCAGGGUCCUCUGCAGUACACGCUGUGGAAGAGGCUGAGAGCCGUCAUCAAACCAGCUCCCUGCACCAUGACCCUUGACCCCGCCUCUGCCAGCCCUCACCUGACCCUCUCAGAUGACCUCACAUCUGCCCGCUACAGCUACACCCCCCAGCAACUACUGACACCCGAGCCGGCCAAUCAGGAAAGUCGAUUCGAUAUCUGCGCCUGUGUGCUGGCCAGUGAGCGUUUCGCCUCCGGAAGACACUACUGGGAGGUGGAUGUUGGGGGUCACCCAGAUUGGGACAUUGGCGUCGCCAUGGAGACAGCAGGGAGAGAGGGGUGGGUGAUUCUGACCCCUGAGAAUGGGUACUGGACCUUCGGACACCAGGACUGUUCCCUGGUGGGCAUUUACCUGGAUUACGAGGGUGGGCAGCUGUCUUUUUACAGCGCUGUGGAUAUGAGGCACCUCCACACUUUCAUCGAGGCGCAGUUUGAGGAGGCGCUGUACCCCUUCUUUUACCCGAGCGCAGAGUCCAGCGGCAAGCCACUGCGUAUUAUGAACCCCCAAGUUUAGAAUUGAGAGUCGUUAUAAAGGUCACACAAAAUGUGUCCCACUCAAGCGUGCAAGAAUUCAGCUUUAAACCAAGAAAAGCUGUGACUUUACAUUCGGUAGAUCCAUAACGCUAUAAUGUUUACAACAUGCUUACCAUAAAACGCUUACAGCCGGCUGGAUUUUAUCUACAGUAGUCGUUGCAUACAAUGAAUAUCGCUUUGACUCCGAACUGACACUGUUAAACAGACAAAGAUUGAUGCAGUUUUCAACUUCUUUAAAAAGUACUGCUCUGCUGUACACACUUGAAUCAAAGACCUUUUCUAGAUUAUCGUUUGUGUUCCCAAGCAAUGUAAAAAGGCACAGGGCACAAGAUUCAUAUCAUAAUCAUAAGAUUCAUGAAACUAGCAGGAUUUAUCAUUGCACAGAAUGUGCACAGCACCCCUGUAUUUCAAUCGGCCAUGCCCCCAGCACCCCCUGAAAGUGUCACCCCUCUGAGGUUUACCUGGAGGUCUGGAAAAUGUAUUUUCACAUGUUGUAAUUUUCUUUUCUUUUUUUUUCAAUAAACUCUGAUGAAUCCCAGGAAAUUGUAAAUGAAAUAAAAGCCUUGGUCCUGAAGUAGCCCUUUUAAUUUAUUCAAUUUGUCUUUGAAGUCUGACUCUUCUUUGAGAAUAGCCUCCCGACCUUACAAACCCCAAACGCAGCAGCACUUCCUGUGUAA